GGGCCGCGUCGCGCUCAGGGGCCGCGCCGGGUAGCGUUUCUCUCCAGUGCCUGAGGCGGCUCUGGUUCGGAGAGCCUUUAGGCAGCUCUACGGGAACCUCUGUGCACGGAUGGACCCGCCCGGACCCGGCGGGAAGCGGCCUGGCAGGCGGCGGGCCGGGCGGCAUCAGCAGAGGCAGGACAGGGCCGAGGCCGCGGGUCCCUGAGGCGUGCGUGCCCACCGGGCCCGGCGGCAGCACCAUGAUGCCGGGCGAGACCCACUCGGCGGCGCCCGGGACGGCGGCGGACCUCUCGCGGUGUCAGGGCUGUGCCUCCUUGCAGCAGAACUUAAAUGAAUAUGUUGACGCAUUGAUUACCUUGAAACAAAAAAUUAUUAAUACAGAUAAUUUGCUAACAGAAUACCAGAAGAAAUGUGAUGAUAUCCUUUUACUGUUUAUUUCUUUUGAAUGUUUAGAUUUAUUUAUAUAUAAUAGAGAUGUGAAGACUGAUCUUUUUAAUAGUUAUCUUUUGGAAGGCAGAGUUUCCAGGCUCAAAUAAAAAGUGUUUCUGAUGGGCAUAAUUGACAGCUAGUCCUUUUAGUUUUAAUGCAUACUUAAAGUUCUAAGACAAGGAGAUUUAGCAGCCUGUUUUGUUUCUAUUACUCUGAUUUUUUUAAGGUAUUAUAAGCUUUGUAAUACCAUUUUUACUGAGGAUGUAGCAUCUUAGGAUAUGUUUUGACACUUAGGAAUUACUUUCUGAAUAUUCCUUUUGAAUCUGCAAAAAGUAUACUCGAGAACAUUCAAAAUGUUGGGAAAAACUUGUUUAAUUAUUUUGUGAUUAAUAGAGAAUUAGUGUGUAUAUAAAAAACCAUAUAGAAAUAAUAUGAUUUUUAUAUUCAUAAGGAAAUUCUUGGGCUUAGAGUCAGUUUGUUCAAUAAAUAUUUACAAAACACCUCUAAUUUAGUUAGCUCUGGUUAAAUAUUUUCUUAGCAGACAGAGAAAGGUCUGUAUUACUGAUCUUUCCACAUCUUUGGUGAUAACACUUGCCUUGAUUUAAGUCUCUCCCAUAAAAAUACAGAAUUUCUCCCAUGAAAACAAACAUAUAUGUGCCCAUAGAGAUCAUGAUACUUCAACUUUAUUUUCCAGGUUGGGACAGAUUUCUGCUGUCACAACAAUUGAAUCUCACGUUAUUUUGACAGCAACUUGAGGCCUACUUCAGUAUUAUUUUUGGCAUACUGAAUGUAAUUGUGAUCUCCAAUUAUUUAUUUGUAUUCAUAUCAUGAUAUCUAAUUUGUAUAAUUAGAGCAAGGUAAUAGUAUUUAGAUUUAGUUUUAGUGUUUGAAUUUUUACAUUAAAAAUUGGAAGUCACUGAAAAUUUCUCAUGCUUCAUUUUGUGAAACUAUUAAUUUGUUUAAUUACAAAUGCAUAAAAAUCACAAGAGUAAUAUGUUUGAUUUUAAGAGUGGUACAGAAACAAUUAUCAUAACUACUUCUAGAUUGCUAAAUAGAAAAAUAGAUGAGCAGCUUCAUAUGUGUGUAUAUUAGUCAGUUUUUCGUUGCUGUGACCAAAAUACUUGACAAGAGCAACUUAGAGGAGGAUAAGUUUAAUUUGCUUUACAACUUAAAAACCCAGUCACACAUUUAUUAUGGCUUUUUUCUAUAAUUUGCUUCCUUUUGCUACUCACAUAGCAACAGAUUUUCUCUUUUUUUCCCCCUCAAGAUUAGAAAGUUAUAUUUUUCAAUAAGUGGGCUCUGAUAAAAUCAGCAUUAUUCAGUGCGUUAUUUAUUUUUUUAUUCUGACCAUUUUAUUGUCUAUCAUUGCUUCUUUCCAAAGGACAGGAAAUACAUUGUUUUCAUGACUUUUUAAAAAAAUUUUUUUCAAAGACUGCUGUACUUUAGGAAGAGUAAAGUGUACUUCUCAACCUUGAGAACCUUAAGAUGCAGGAGCUGCAGAUGUGUUUUUACAAAUAUACAUACACAUGCUAUGCUGGGCUGUGAGUAAACAUGGGAGUUGCUAGGAAGUGAAACUUCAAAGAAUUAUUCUUUGCUGUCUAAGCAUAAAUAUGCUAGCAAAUGAAAUUGAGGUUAUCAAAUUGUCUGAAUUGUAAAAAUGAAGACCCAUAUAGAUUUUAUAAUCUCUCUGUAGCUUUUGUGGAUUUUAUGUUCUCUUUGUAUUUCUUUUCUAAUUACUCAUUAAGGGUAGUUAUGUGAUUUUUGUGAAUUAUAUAACUCUUGUCUGUUGCUAUUAUUCUCUGAGUUAUUCAAGAAAUGAAGGGCAGGUUAUUGGGAAUUCAGAUAUAUAUGGAAUAUCAAAGUAUUUUCUAUUUACUGGUUAAUGCUUGGUCUUUAUUCUUGUAAUUUAACUCUAACCAAUCAAGUCUUCACAGAGCUGUUUUUUUUUUAGAGAAAUAGGUAUUUUGGUAAAUAGGAAUAACUCAGUAAAAAGACAUUACUGUGUUACAAGUAGAAACUUAGAUGUUAUUUUCUGGGGUUUAUGAUCUUUCUUGAAUGUUCAUUGAUUAUAGAUUAUUAAAGAUAACUGUAAAAUGAGUUUUAUCUGAUACUCACCUCUCCAGGUGAGUAUCAGAUGAUAAAAUUCUCAGAGUUUUCUUUAAUAAGUUUUACAGCUGCAGUUUGCAAGAAGAGAAAAUAGUACUUUACAUCACCAAGUGGAGCAGAUGCUGCAGAAAAUUUCUCCUCUGCAGAAGUGUCAGGAAGAACUAGGAUCUUUAAAAGCAGAGCUAGAAGAGAAAAAGAGUUCUCUAAAGUUAUAUCAGGACACUCACCAGGAAUAUGCUCGUGUAAAAGAGGAAUGCUUGAAAAGUGAUGCACAGAAGAAGAAACUCGAAGCUAAGGUGAAGAAGCUGGAAGAAGCUGCUGUCAAGCAAACUCAAGACUUCAAACAACUAAGAAAUGAAAAGAAAAUACUUGAAAAAGAGUUUAAGAAGACACAGGAAAGACUUGACGAAUUUUCCAAACAGAAAAAUGAGAAAGAAUUGAGACAUAUUGGAACACAAAUUUCAAGUGAUUCAUAUGGAAGCAUAGAUAAAAGAAAAGUGAAACUGCUCCUGAAGGAACUCUGGCUGUGUAUAAACACAGCACACCGACUACCCAGUGAAGGCAGCAGACGUGUCCCAGAAAAACCUGCCAAAGAAGAUACAUCUGGAACUUCUGGGGAAGAUGGCACACUACCUCCAGCACAAGGCGGACCUCUCAGGGCCUCAGAUGUGCAGACAUGUCUCACAAAACUGUCUAUGGAAAUGGAGGGUGACUUUGCUUCAUGUAGAAGUGUGAAUAAAGAGAGGCCUGGCAGAGCAAACCACAGUAUUGACCAUGUUUCUGAUGAGGAUGGGAAUACUAAGGUCUCAGUGCCGACUGGUGAUGAUGGUGACAGGACUCACUUAUCUGACCACAGGCAGUUUUUCGAUGAAGACCUUCAAGCUGCAAUUGACUUCUUCAAACUCCCUCCUCCUCUUCUGUCUCCAGUGCCCUCACCCCCUCUGAUGUCACCACACCCAAUAAGCUCCUUACCUUCUUCACUCGCACCUGAAACGUACUUUGGAGAGUAUACAGAUUCCAGUGAUAAUGACUCAGCCCAGCUGCAAAAUUCUGCUGACUCUCUUUCAGAAGAUGAUACAACUGAAUCACAGGAUUAUUUUGGCUUAUCUAGAAAAAGUAAAGAGAAUAGUAUCUGGGAGGAGAAGUCCAAAUCACAUGAAGCUAUCCAGGCUCUAAAUCAAUUGGCAGUAAAUAAAGUGACAACUAUUGGAUUUGAGACUUUAACAACAACACUGAGAGAACCUUCAACAACUACAUCUUCUUUAGCUCGGGAAAAGCACUGGACAGUUUCAUCUGAAUUCAUGAGUGAUAGAAAAAGAGACAUUUUAGAUGAGGCCAAAAGACAGGUAGAGAUUAGGGAGAUGGUUCAGUGUGUGCAGACAGAGAAGACAUCUCAUAAGCCCACUAGGGGUCUCUGGGUUGAGAAGCUGUCGGGCAGCUUAGCCCAAGAGAAGGAGGUGACCACUGGGAAGUCAGGGUUGUGUUAUUCUCCCAUUGGCAAGAGGCCAUUAAGUGAAAUCACCGGAUCUGAAGGAAAAACCCUUUCAUCCAAAGUGAUAGGCUCACCCAAAUCACAAUUCACUAAGUGGACCCUUCCUGAUGAAGUUACUUCUGAAUCAGACUGUGUAGCAAGUUCUGGCCAUUUUCAGAGAAUAUCUAGAGAAUUGGCAAAGGAAAGAGAAGAUGUGCAAGGGUCCACUGUGGGAGAGUCACCUAAACCUAAGGAGGAUGAUCCAGGAGAUAUGAUGAGUCUGGCAGGGCUUGAUGCUAAAGCCAGUUUUCAUUCCUCUUCUACCUCGGUACCAGUGUCUGUUCGCAGUCAUCCCCAGUCUUCACGAUUAAAGUACAUUAAUGAAGCAGAUAUUCCAACUCAAAUAAUCCCUACUGAACUUCAUCAUUCAGAACAAAAGUUACCAACUAAAACUUUAAACACCUUACUUCUGCAGUCUGAGCCACCAGAGUGUUCUGUAAGAGAAAGCAACCUGAAGAAGAAUAGCUUGGGUGCUUUGAGCCCUGAAUUGGGAGCAUCUAAUUUUGAUGAACAGAAGAGCAGGGAGAGAGAACAUACAAAUAUCAUGAAAAGCAUGCCCGAAGUCUACUCACUUUCUCAGUCAGUGUUUAGGAAGGUCACAAAAGCUGGGCAGUGUGAAAGUCAAGAUCCAAGAACUGAGCUCACACUCCGUAAAUCAGAUUUGAUUUCACUAGUAUCUCCUCGGGUUGGCUCAGUCAGGAGUGGUUCUAGUCUUGUUAAAAGCACUUCCUGGCACCAUAGUGAUUUAUUAAGGAGAGGUGGUGAAGAGAGUCUGAGAGCUUCCUCAGAACAUGAACAAAAGACUAAUCAGCAGUUAGAAAAGCCAGUGUCAGCAUUACAGAAUAGAGGCUCAUCAGCCAUGCUUGAAUCUCCCAGAGAAGAUCACUGUCCAGUAGAAUUCAAGGCCACUGCUUCAUUACUGUCUAAUCAAGUGUCAGUUAUCACAAAGCAGAUAAGACCUGAAAAGAUUGAAAGUGCUCACUUGGAACAUGUGAGACUUCCUGGGAAUGAGCCCACCUCAGCAGCAGAAAACUGUGGUAACGAAGCUGAUGAUGGUUCUUCUGCAGGGAAAUGUGGAAAAGGGGACAAGGUGACAUCAGACCUCCAGGGAGUGGCUGCUGUGAAAAGCACUUCACCAGAAAUUUCUGCCUCUUGUAGAAAACUAGAUUUCAGUUCUCCAAGUGGAUCUUUACCGGCAGGAAAUUUUGAUUGUUCCCCAAAUAGUAAGUUGUCUUUCUCAUCUGAAAACAUCCUCAUCCAAAGCCAAGACCCUGUGAGGGAAGACUCAGUGCAGGGAGAGGUAAGGGAGUCCAGGCCAUCUCCUCACACCACAAAUUCAGACCCAUGUGGGGUGGAGGGCAGUGAGCUGCCUCCAGCUGAAGCAAGGGUAUCAGGAAGUUGUCCCGUUGAAGUGCCCGGUGAAGUCAUAGCAAGACCUGUCACUGAGGCCCCGACUGCUGCAAGCCCUUCUUGCACACCACAGAAUGUUCCUGAGCUUUCAAAGUUGGCAUCUGGAAUGCCUAGUGGCACCGUUCCCGAAUGCAUCGUCACCACAGAUGAUGCUUUUUCUUCAGUGUCUUGCAGAAAAGAUGAGGAGACACCAGUUAUCUCCCCAAGCAGUCUUCCUGGCACCUCAUACUGCUACACAGGCAUACGGGAGGGAGGAGAGGAGACCGAGGUGGAGGGGAGUGAGGCCUUUAGCUGCAGUGAGGGUGAGCAUGAGACUGAGUCCAUCCUGGGGAGUGGACAACAGAGUGCCACCAGUGACACAGGGGAAGAUUUGGGAGGUCCAGGGGCUAGAGCAACUGAGGCGAGACCUUCCCUAGAGGUGGCUUAUCUGACUUCAGCUCUGCAAGAUUUUAACAUAAGUACUUUCACGGACAUAGACAGACUUUCUACAUCAGAAGUUGUAAUGUUUCUUGAAAGUUGUCAGCUAAAGGAUUUUAGUUCAGGGAAUUCUGUUUCAGAAUGUUCUAGUAAAGGAACCCCAAACAAAGAAAUGAACAAAGAGUUAAAGCAAAGUGGAAUCUCCGAAGAAAAAUGUAGGGAGCAAUCCUGUGAAGAAGAAACACUUGAUACCUCCGAAGAGUGGGUUGAAUCUGAAGAAGAUAACUGUUCUUUAAAAGAUCCAAGUCAACUUGCUCAGUGUUCUUUGGAAACGCUAUCUGAGGUUCUCACCAAGAUUGGGCAAGAACUGCAGACAAACUCUGAGGACUGUAAUGGUAAAGAUACUGGUAAUUUAAUUCUUGUAAAUAUCCCUGAUAGCCUGACAACUGAAGAAUUGAAAGAAAAAGCCCCAUCUCAGGCAGCAGUUGGUUCUACAUCCCACACCCCUGAACUGCUCCCACUUACCACCAUCGGGCACAGUAGAAGUGACUCUCCCGUGAGUGAUGGAUCUCAUCCUGGGGACACACCUGAGGAUGCAGCCAAGCCCCCUGACAUUGGAGAGCAGGGCCUGCCAGAACAGGGGGGGCUGUUGACCCUGUGUCCUGACUCCACAAUGCAGCCAAGCACAGAGCACAGUUCUGGUGGGGAGGCAGAGGCAACGUUUCAGUGUCAGAUAUCCACAGUGACCUCAGAAGUUAUCAAUGUACUUAUAAAUAAGGAUCAGAAUCUUGUCAUUGAAAAGGGGGACAACUGGACAAUCAUUAGCGGUGUGUCUGUCUCACCAGAUGUGGACCAGGUUAUACUGUGUGAUGCUCCUGGGGACGUAGCUGUUUCUCAGGAUCAGAGAGGGCUAGAAGCUGGGUUUGUUUCAGGGACUUCUAUGGAGAAGUCCCCAGAGACCAGUCACAUGGGCCCUCCCUUUCAGGAGCCCCCUUGUGGCAGUAAUCUUUCAGGUGCUCAAGAGGAUGUUUCAAACAGUGGUCAGAGUACCAACUUUGAUAAAAGUCGCUUGCGGAACAGACCUGUUAAGCCCAGCAUAUGGAUUAGUUCUCAAAUAUACGAUCAAACAUUUGAGACUCAAAAUGUUGCGUCUGAUCACACAUAUUAUAACUCAAAACUAGAGCCAUCUGGUAAAAAUAAGAAUCGAUCAAAGAUGUCAAACAAAGAUCAGUCAAACAAACCAGUAAAGACUUUGGCAUCAGGCAAAGGUGAAACUCAUCAGAGUGAGGUUCCUCAGUUGCCUUUGGGGGAAAGAGGUAACACCAAAACUCAAAGAAGUCAAACUCAGCCCAUUCUGGCAAAUGCAGAUACCUCUACUCCCACAGAUUGUUCUCCUGACACUUUGAGCAAGAUACGGCAAGAAGUGGGUCCUCCUCUGCCUCCUCUGCUCGCUCCUUUGAUAGCAACACCUCCAAGGACUUCACAGCCACUUUCUCCUCUGAUAUCAAGUUCUAGUCCUUCCCCGCCAGCCUCUCCUGCUGGCCAGAUUUCUCCCUCAUGUGAAACUCCAGUGCCUCCUAUGAUGUCUCCAUGGCCAGAAGACCCCCAGCCGGCUUCUCCAGGGCCCUCUCCAUCUCCAUCUGCUGCAACAACCAGUGGCAGGAUAGUGUCCUCUCCUUUGCAGUUCUGUGCAGCCACACCAAAGCAUGCACUUCCUGUGCCCGGCAGACUCCCACCUGGCGCUCCUGGUCACACUGCUGGGGGAGGGGCUCAAGAGAAUUCUGUCAAAAUUCUUGAUACCAUGUACCCAGAGUUAUCUGCCAGGGCCCGGACCCUCAACAUCCUCAAGGGGAACAUCCAGCUUUCCCGAGGUUCCUCUGCAGACUGUAAGGCCGCACCAGGGCCCGUCAGUGCUCUGAUUGGCUUCAAAGCCAUCACUUCAAAAUCGACUGCUUUCAUCAAAACAGGGGGCAGCUCUGCCAGUGAUGCUAGCCAAGGUAGGUCAAGAGAGAUGGGGACUCAGCAGGAGUCAGGUGGGAAAAGAGCACUGUCGGCUUCCACACUAAAGAGUGCAAAGAGAUUGCGCCUGGACAGUGAGUCCCCAGAACCAGACACCAGGGGAGCCCCUGCAGAAGAAGUCCACAAGAGCCUCCCGGGAAGUCUCCCUCAGGCUGAAGUUGUCAUGUCAGAGGAGGAGAGUUCUGUCCCAGCUGGCAGUCCAGUGUCUCGGUUCUCUGUCAGCACAGAAGAAGCCGUGGACUUGCAAGGCACAGCCAUAGCUCAUGCUCUCAAGAAAGUUGCUGAGUCUUCUUUUGACCUGCUACCUGUAAUUCGUAGUCAUGUGUACGUGGGAAACAUCUCCAAAAAGCCCGUAAUGCGAGACCAGGAGAAAGAAGUUGUAUAUGAGUUUAGCACAGCAAAAAAGCAUUUGGCAGAUUGCUUGCUUCACUCUAUUCUCUCAGAACUAAAAGUUCAGAAGACAUCAAGGGACCACAGUUACAUCCAUGCCCUGUGCAGAGUGUAUGUGGGCAUCUGCCGGCAACUGGGAGACCUGGAAAGAGCUCGCUUGUUCUGCUAUAGUCUGCUGAAGGAAGAUUUUCCAGAGUCUGAGAAGUUGACUUUGUUUAUUGCCAACAUGUGGCAUGAUGUAUUUCUCUCUCCCUCGGUGAUGAGUACAGCCAUGCAGUUGGUUGCCAGGCAACGUGCUAAGGGAGAGGUUCUGAACUGCUUGAGAGCCUUUCUCAAUUGGGAAAAGAAUGCACCUGUAGAUGUUGGCAUCAUGGUUUCUAAGCUACUUUUGACCAUACAGCUAAGUCCAAAAACAGAAUUUCAGUCCAGUGAGAAGUUUGGAGAAGACUUAAGUGAUAACAUUUGGGAAUAUAUAUUUGCCAUUGAUUUGCUCUGCUGUCAUAAGAAAUGGAUUUGGACACAUGAUAACAUCAUAAGUAAGGAGCUGUGGCCUGUCAUGGAUAAGUGGAUAAAGUAUAGAAAAGGACACACAAAUGUGGCAUAUACUCCCGACGUUAUCAUAGCAUCCAUCCUCAGACUGAUUGGUCGCUUGGGCCAAUUGGGUUUGAAGGAAGGAUUUCCAACUGCUGUGAAAAAUAUUAGUUCGGUUAUUGGUAUGUUCAUACAACAUGCUCAGGAUGAAGAUAUACCAUGGGGAAUACAGUUAGCAGCUGUGUAUGCUCUUUGUGACUUGAGUCCCAGCAACCCAGCGGAAAUUUCCAAGAUCCUAGAAGCUUGGCGGAGACAGACCUCCAGCAGCAUCCCAUCUGCAGUCGUCAGCUGCCUGGAAGAAGUCGGCUCCCUGAGUGUGGAGGGGCUCAGCUGAAGGCAGGGGCCGCUGCGGCUGGAGAAGUGCCUUGACACAUCCGCUGUCCGUACACUACUCAGCUUUAGGAAUACAGCGUGAGGUCCAGACGUGAAGUAGGUAGAAUGGCAGCAGCCCUCCCCAGCGUGGGCAGGGAGAGCAGGCGGCUGUGUAAUUGUUCUUUCCUAAACCACAUACAUUUCACUUUGGCUGUUGUGAUCAUGUGACAUGGGUUGUGUAAUUGUGUCUUGGUCAAACAACAAACACUUGAACCUAGCCCUUUUUUUGCUGCAGAAAGUGUCCUUUUAGUGGCUUUUAAAAGUUGAAUGGCAUUUUAUAAUGAAUUUAACAAUAUAAAAACAAGAUUUGGUUCCUGGGCUAUUUUGGGCUUUAUGCUCAUAUAGUGUCUAGGAAGAAACAAAUUGGCUAAAAAAGAAAUAAAAGAGUCUUCCGCUCUCUUAGCUGGAAAUGGGCUACAGAAGUUUCUCUCAAGAUGUGCUUAAUUGACCACAGUAAAACACUGAGAGCUGUCAGCAGAAAUUCACUUUACUGCAUCUUCUUCAUAUCUCUAAAGGUUCUUAAGAAUAUUUAACUAUAUAUCAGGAAGGGAACUGAACCAUAGAUGUUCCACUGCAGGUUUUUGUAUUAGAACAUGUAUAUGAGUGACUCCGCGGUGACCGCACCAGAGCUCUGUGUGCUGUGUACAUACGGACAGUGCUAUGAUGUGUCUCACAUUGGAUGAUAUUCCACUUUCGGAAUUUUAGUAUUUGUAUAUAGAAAAUGGGUUUAAUAACUCACCGUGAUUCUGAUUUGUCUUAUAUUCAUCAUUUCUUAAAACUCUUGUAUGUGUUUUUUAUAAUAAAAAAUAAAAGUAAGCCAUGCA